AUGUUUAAAUUCCUUUAUCAAGUACUCUGUCUUUCUAUACCAGCCGCGCCUCUAUACACACUGGCAUCAACUCAACUACUCUGGAUGAUACGAGGAAACUACAGUUUAGCACGUGAGGUGCGGAAAAGCGAGCAGAAGCUGCGGCUGCGGAUCCAGCAGAAACAGAAACAUGCCCACUUGCUCGAAAAGCUCCAGCGAACAGACCCGAUCCGGCUUCAUUUCCAGAUCGAGCGCCUUGAAUCGGGCCAGCUCGAUGGGGCAGGGAAAAAACGGCUCCAGAAACUCAAAGAGCACUGGGCCUUCAUGCAGAAGAACGGGCUCCACAAGGAGAAAAUACAAGCGUUCCUAGAACAGCAGAGGAAAAAGCAAGCCGAGGAGGAAAAGGCCCGGACCAGACUCUGGGGAAAAGAGUCUGUGUACUUCAAUCCAGAAUUGAAUCCGCUUGGCAAAGUGCCCGAUUGGCGGAAUCUCGACGGCUUUUCGGAACCGCUUCCCAAUGCAAAGAAGCCUGUUCAGCGAGUUGCGGUCGAGCCCGACCCAGAAAUCUCUCUUUUGGGAAUCCAGCCUCCAGAAGGGGCGCCGCCGAAAUUCUACCGAGCAGUGCAGAACACAAGAGUGAAGGAGUAA